CGGGGCUGCCGCCGCUGCGCUCCCGUUGGCGGCCGACGUGACGGUGGAGGACGAUGAGACCGGCGGCGAAGUGGCUCAGGCGGCGGCCUUCACCUCCGGGGAGCAGGAGGAUGAAGGGGCGGAAACGCCCGCUCGGGGCGGCAGCUGCAGAUCAUUAAUAAUCAUAAGCACUUUGGAUGGACGGAUUGCUGCUCUAGACCCAGAGAACAGUGGUAGAAAGCAGUGGGAUCUGGAUGUGGGAUCAGGUUCUCUUGUCUCAUCUAGCCUCAGUAAACCAGAGGUAUUUGGGAAUAAGAUGAUAAUUCCCUCCUUGGAUGGAGACCUUUUUCAAUGGGAUCGUGACAGAGAAAGCAUGGAAGCCGUCCCUUUCACUGUGGAAUCUCUUCUCGAAUCAUCAUACAAAUUUGGAGAUGAUGUUGUCCUGGUUGGAGGAAAGUCCUUGACAACAUAUGGGCUGAGCUCAUAUUCAGGAAAGGUGAAGUACAUAUGUUCUGCAAUGGGCUGCCGUCGCUGGGAUGAAGACGAGAUGGAACAGGAAGAUAUUCUUCUUUUACAUCGAACUCAGAAAACUGUUCGUGCUGUUGGGCCCCGCAGCGGCAAUGAGAAGUGGAAUUUCAGUGUUGGUCACUUUGAACUGCGCUAUGUUCCAGACACCGAAAAGAGAAUGGGAUUUCUUGAAGGCAAUUUAAAACCAAAUCUAAACAAAGAAGAUUCCAAAAUAAUUUCAGAUGUGGAAGAGCAGGAGGCUGUAAUGAAGGAUACAGUGAUAAAGGUCUCAGUAGCCGACUGGAAGGUGAUGGCAUUUAAUAAGCAGGGAGGACAUCUGGAAUGGGAAUACCAGUUUUGCACGCCUGUUGCUUCUGCCUGGCUGGUUAAGGAUGGCAAGGUAAUUCCAAUUAGCCUCUUCGAUGACACAAGCUACACCUCCAAUAGUGAUGUCUUAGAAGAUGAAGAAGACAUAGUGGAAGCUGCUCGAGGAGCUACAGAGUCCAGUGUCUAUUUAGGAAUGUACAAGGGCCAGCUGUAUCUUCAGUCAUCAGUCAGAAUUUCUGAUAAGUUCCCAACCAACCCUAAAGCUUUGGAGUCCAGAAAUGAUAAUGCUGUUAUCCCAUUGCCUGUAAUCAAGUGGAAACCAUUGAUUCAUUCUCCUUCUAGAACUCCUGUGCUGGUGGGAUCAGAUGAGUUUGAUAAAUGUCUCAGCAAUGACAAGUUUUCUCACGAAGAAUACAGUAAUGGUGCCCUUUCCGUACUGCAGUAUCCCUAUGAUAACGGAUAUUUUUUGCCCUACUACACUCGAGAGAGGCACAGACGAAGCACCCAGAUCACCGUGAGAUUUGCUGACAUGAACUAUCCACAAAACACCCGCAAAAAAGAUCCAGUUCUACUUCUGCACUGGUGGAAAGAAAUCAUUAGCACCAUCGUAUUAUGCAUUGCGGCCACAACUUUUAUUGUGCGUAGACUUUUCCAUCCGCAUGUUCGCAGCCGACAGCGGAAGGAGUCCGAAACUCAGUGUCAGACAGACAGUAAAUAUGAACCUGCUAUUGGACAGGUUAAAGAUAACAGCUGUGGUGACUUUCAGAACUCUGGAUAUGUGUCAAGAUAUCUAACCGACUUUGAGCCAAUUCAGUGUCUAGGUCGUGGAGGAUUUGGAGUAGUGUUUGAAGCCAGAAAUAAAGUGGAUGACUGCAAUUAUGCUAUUAAAAGAAUUCGUCUUCCAAAUAGGGAAUUGGCUCGUGAGAAGGUGAUGCGUGAAGUAAAAGCAUUAGCAAAACUUGAGCAUCCUUGUAUUGUUCGGUAUUUCAAUGCAUGGCUGGAAGCGCCACCUGAAAGCUGGCAGGAAAGAAUGGACAAACUCUGGCUAAAAGAUGAAAGUACUGAUUGGCCACUCAGUUCUCCCAGCCCAAUGGAAGUGCCGUCAUUUAAAAUUAGAACUGAGCCGUUCUCUGCAAAGGAACACAUUGAAGUUAUUGCCACAUCUGUAGAAAGGAAGACCUUGCUUUCUGUUGGGAUACCUUGUGGCCAAUCGGAUUCAUCAGAGAGCCAGUUCUCCCCUUUGGAAUUCUCUGCCAUUGAUAACGGAGACUUGAGCCAGUUGGCAGAUCCUGUGUCAAACAUGCAAGACAGCUUCCUUGCCGACUGUGAUAUGGAGGGUAGUACUGUUGAUGAAAAUGAUCCUGGACACUCCUUUGAACUUUGUCUUCCAGCCAUGCCAGCAGUGAGAGUGAGGGAGAGGACCUCUUCGUCUAUUGUCUUUGAAGACUCUGGUUGUGAUAAUACUUCUAGUAAAGAAAGCAACACGGAUGACUCACUUGACGAUAGCCACUGUGAGGAUAAAGCAACAAGCCCAAAAGGAUCCAGUAACAGGAAGUCAUCCUCAGCAAGCCCUUUAUCUGUUUCUCCACCAAGACCAACGUCCUUAAGUUUAGACUUCUCGAAGAACUCUGCACAAAAAGCCAUGCCUACCACUCCAAAAGUGUACCUUUACAUUCAGAUGCAGCUCUGUAGGAAAGAAAACCUCAAAGACUGGAUGAACAGAAGAUGUACGAUAGAGGAGAGAGACAGGACAGAUUGCCUGCUGAUCUUUCUACAGAUAGCUGAAGCUGUUCAGUUUCUGCAUGGGAAAGGGUUAAUGCAUCGGGACCUCAAGCCCUCCAACAUAUUCUUCACAAUGGAUGACAUAGUAAAAGUUGGGGAUUUGGGGCUCGUGACGGAAAUGGACCAAGACGAAGAAGACAACUCUGUUCUAACACCAAUGCCAGCUUAUGACAGGCACACGGGGCAAGUUGGGACCAAGCUCUACAUGAGCCCAGAACAGGUCUAUGGAAACGCUUAUUCACACAAAGUGGAUAUCUUUUCUUUGGGGCUGAUCUUGUUUGAGCUCCUUUACCCUUUCAGCACUCAAAUGGAGAGAGUCACGACACUGAGUGAAGUAAGGAACUUGACAUUCCCUCCACUUUUCAUUCAGAAAUAUCCACAGGAGUAUGCAAUGGUAAAGCACAUGCUGUCUCCAAGCCCCACGGAAAGACCAGAGGCUGCAGACAUCAUCGAAAACCCUUUAUUUGAAGACGUCGAGUUCCCAGCAACGCCAGUUCUCAGGCAAAGGUCACGGACAAUGAGUACAUCCGGAAUGAAGCAUUCAAGAUAGCUGAGUAAACAAGAUGGCACAAUUAUUAUGAGCACACUGGACAGAUCUCCGAGUGGUCUCCCGGCAGGAUAAUCCAGCAUCAAGCAGUGUCACCGGAAUAUUCCUGCUCAGAGCUUUAUUUUCUCAUUUCAGUUUUAUGCACAAAAUUAUCAUGGGAUGAAGCUAAUAGUUUCUGUUUAACGCUUUUCAGACGACUUUCACACCAUAACUUGGCCUACCUUAGCUGCGAUACACCCUUUGGUGUUUGGAUCGUGUUAAUAUUUUCUAGGGAAUUUGGAAAAGAUGCCUGUGAUGUAAAUAGAAUUAAAUUCUGUAUUUUUAUAGAACCAAGUGGUCUCUCUAACUCUGAUAUCUAGGUCCUGAUUACAUUCAUUUAAGACAUGAAGACCUUUAAAACAAGCUUAAAAUAUUUAAAAAAAACCCUCUAUAUUUUGUCCCUGGAGGAUAAAGUAAGAGUCGUUUUACUAUUGGUAGCCAGUUCUAGAGCAAAUUGUGAUUUGUUUCUACACAGUAGAAGUUAUUGAAAAGUGUUUAGAUGAAGAUGGAAGAAGAUUUAGUAAUAAAAAAUCUGGUUGAACCUGGGUUCAAAUUACAACAAUAACAAAUUAAGCAUUUAUUCAUUUUUUGUAUUUCCUGGAUGUAGCAUCCACUGUAAUCUUGCGGGCUUGUAGUAAUCAUUCUGACACAUUUCUUUACUAGGAUGUUAUUGCUUAAUAGCACCCUUUUCUCACUGUAAAUAUGUUAAUUUUAUUUAUAAAAUGGCAAGAUCAAUCCAUUUGGGUUGGCGGUGUACAGUAUGCACUUGGAACAAUUGUUAGGUGCAUUUAAUUACUGUGACUUCUUUCAAGUCUGAUUUAAUAAAGUCUUUUUUUAUUUAGA